AUGCGACAAGGAACUGAUACUUCUCUCCCCGAUUCUUAUUAUCGCGUACAUAAUGUUGAUCAUCCAUUUUACGAAUUUCUGUUUGGUGCGGCAGCUUAUUCUGUUAGUGUUGUAGCUCUUUUCCCUUUGUAUAAAACUGUAUUCUUCCAACAACUUGAUGGCAUUUCCUGGGUCCAGGCAUUAAUUCGUUAUCGAAUUGAAGGACUUCGUAUGGCUUAUAGAGGAGUUUUGCCUCCGCUGCUUCAACGGGCUUCUUCGGGAGCAUUAAUGUUCGGUGUUCAAAGUACAACGGAACGAUUGUUAGUGAAUCAUCCUGCAACUUCCAGUUACCCACCCGUUUUACAAAAGUUUACUUCUGCUACUGUUGCUGGUUGGUGCGAAGCUAUAUUGAUGCCCUUCGAACGUGUUCAAACACUACUACAAAACAGAGAUUACCAUGGUCGUUAUAAGAAUACUUUCCACGCAUUGAUGACAGUUACUUCAGAUCACGGUGUUAAAGAGCUCUAUAGAGGAUUAAUUCCUGUCUUAUAUAGAAAUGGUGUGGCCAAUGGACUGUACUUUUGUGGCAUAAAUGGCUAA